AACCCGUAUGCAACAUUCGAAUGAAGAUUAUUUUUCGACACUCGGAAGUAUUUUCAGGCCUACUGUGGAGUUAAAUGGUGAUUGGUUAUCUUACUGGUCGUUGUAGAUGAACCAAUGCUAUGCCAGCUAGUGCUCUCGAGAACAUUGACUCGGCAAUAGACGAGACUCUGAAGGCCUCCUUGAUAACAGGGAACGGCAUUGACAAGCAGCUGGUCUCUUCUGCCAAGAGAGUGCUGCUACACAAGGUGGACUUCCACCCAGCAGACCGACCCUACUCACUGCAGAUUGACUCCCUCAGAUCCAAGUACAUCCCCCUCAACCCAUCCCAGACCUACACACCAGGUAGUGGUACUGGGGCAGAAAAAGGGAAUGGAAAGAUGAAUGUUGCAAGUCAAAGGGAAGGCGAGGAUGGUUUGCCUGUCCCCAAAGUGGUGCUAUACCCUGAGGAGCGGGUCAAGUUGGAAUGGCGGCGUGUUCAGAAAAUUGGGUCGGGGCUCGUCAACAUGGGCAACACAUGCUUCCUCAACUCCACCUUGCAGUGUCUGACAUACACUGCACCUCUGGUCAACUACUGCCUCACUGAUGACCACAUCACCUCCUGUAAACAAGCUGGUUUCUGUAUGGUGUGUGAACUACAGCGGCAUAUACGGAGAUGUUUUGAGAAUGCUGGUCAUGCUAUCAAACCUCAGUCUAUUCUGCAGAAGCUGAAAUUGAUUGCAAAACAUAUGCACUGGGGGAGACAGGAAGAUGCACAUGAAUUCCUUCGCUAUGUUGUGGAUGGUUUGCAGAAGGCUUGUCUCAAUGGCCAUUCCAAACUUGACAAAUUUAGCAAGGAAACCACUGUGAUCAACCAGAUAUUUGGAGGCUACCUCCGAAGUCAGGUUCAGUGCCUCAGAUGUAAAGAAAAGUCAAACACAUUUGAUCCAUUUCUGGACAUCAGUUUGGAUAUUAAGAAUGUGCAGAGUGUUGAGAAGGCAUUUGAGCGAUUUGUGCAUCACGAGACUCUGGAUAAUGACAACGCCUACAUGUGUCCAAGGUGCAAGCAGAAAGUUUCUGCUCACAAGAGAUUUUCAAUCCACAAAGCACCAAAUGUACUCACAGUCCAGCUUAAGAGGUUUGACUAUAACCGCUUGAUGGGAAAGGUGAGCCGACACAUCCAGUUUCCCGAUAAACUCAACAUUCGGCCAUACAUGAGUAGUGAGCAGGGGGAGCCCGUGAUGUACCACCUGUAUGCAGUACUGGUCCACUCAGGCUUGCACUGCAACUCCGGUCACUAUUACUGCUAUGUGAAGGCUCCCUCUCAGAUCUGGUACUGCAUGAAUGACUCCACGGUCCAUCAAGUGAGCAGCAGUCGGGUGUUCAAUGCUGAAGCCUAUCUGUUGUUCUACAUCAGGACUGCGGCGCCAAGACAACAACAAAUCAGCAAGACUGGAUUUAUUGGCCCUACAAUGCCUGCAAACCACACAUUGAACAACCAGCCAAGGUUCAAGACCGUAAAUGGAACCCAUGGAGGCCAGACAAGUACAGAUAUUGGAACCCCAGUUGCUAGGAAACAGAAUAUUACUUGUGCAAGCACACCUGAACGAACACCAAAACUUGUGCCAAAACCAAUGGGUACACCCUUGCCAGAAAAACGUGAUAAGGUUUCUUUUGGUAUACGAGCAAACUUAACCAAACCACCUCACUCACAAGAAGGGCCUGGAGAUGGUAAACCUAGAAUUGUUGUGCAGAUCAAGAAUGGAAAAGUGACGGCCUUGGAGAAAUCUCCAGAUGGCAAAUCUAAAGUGGUGAAUGGUGGUUCUAGAACCAAAUCUCAGCUUGUUCCGUAUGGAGAGGAUUCAGAUUCAGAUCAAGAAAACAAAUCAAAAUUGAUUUCGAAGAAGAUCACUGACACCAAGGUGGAUGAGUGUGGGCAGAAGCCUGAGGAUGGCGAUGGCGUUGUGUUUGACAGCAAGCUAAAUGCCACCACAUCAGUACCAGGGAACUCAAAGCUGUUGGAAUCUGCUAUUAAAAGAGAAACUGCUUUAGAGAAAGGAGAGAUUACACCCAAGUCCAACACCCAUGACCUAACAUUAAAACUGAAUAAAUCCCACAGUGCUCCUGUGAAAAGGUCUUUCAGUGACAGUAACUCGCUGUCCUGUGUUACAUCUCCCACUUCCAAAAUUAAUGCAACAUCCUCUUGGCAUGUACAAAGCCAGGACACUGCUCCCAGUCCAUCAGUGGGGAGUUGCUCCAGUACAAACAGUGUGAACUCGACCACCGAGUGGCAUGUCAUUGAUAAGAGCGAGGCUCUGCAGUAUGCGAAGGUCCCAGAGCGACAGCAUGUAGGCUGGACAGUGACUCCUGAGGGGGUAGAGAUUGGGGAUGGGGACAGCGGUGGUGGGAUGGGACAAAGGAGUGAGUUGGUUCAAGUCAGUAAUCAUAUAGCCGGAGAUGGGGAUAUGCUGGACGAUAUUGAGAAGGACCACCGGAUAUGUGAUACUGAACUUGACAAGUGUUCUGUUCCUGAGGUAGGUACUGUUGACAGAUUGAGCCAUGAGAUUGAACACAAAAAGACAAAUGGUGAUCACAUGAAUGAUGUUUUUGUCAAUGGGAAGUCUUCGACGGCAAGUUCAAGCCCUUCCGGUUCGGCCAUUGCAAACGGCAGCCAUGUGGAUGUGUCCGAGAAGCAGCAUCUGCUGUCCGAGUCUGCUACACCUGAUGUCCAUGUACACAAAAAGCAUAAGAAACAUAAGAAACAUAAAAAGAACCAUGAAUAUAAGUACCAGGAGCUUCUGAACGAGAGCAGCAGCUCUGCAGAGACAUCAAGUAAAAAACACAAGAAGAAGAAAAAACACAAACACAAGCGAGACCGGGAGGAUUCUGAGAAAGAGAGGAAACAUAAACACCGGUCGAGUGAUGAAGAUAGCAAACCACGGAAGAAACAUCAAGAGCUGGACGAGGUAGAAUAUCAGUAUGAAUGGGUUGAAAAGACCAAGGACUCGCUACCAGCAGAGAAUGGUGAUAGCCAACAAAGUGUGAAGGAAGCAGUUCCGAGCCAGCCGUGGGACUGGCAUAUGAAGGAAGGCGGGAAGAAGACACUGGAGGGCGACAGCAAGAUCAAGUGGACCUUCUGGGAUGGGUCCAAGACGUCUAAGGUGGCAUCUGAACUGGAGAAACAGUCAUCCAGUAGAGUGUAUGGAGCAUCAGUAUUGUCAUGGGAAGGAGAACAAAGUAUACUUGACCAGCAGGCUGAGAGAGACAAGGAGCGGGACCGCAAACGGUACUGGGACAAUGACGAUGACGACGAUGAGCUUGACAGGGGCAAGACAAAGAAGGUAAAGAAACUCCAUCCUGAGCCACUGUACGCCGGUGGCAACCCCUUCCAGCGGAUGCAGGAUGACAGAAAUAAAGGCAAGUCAUGGUUUAACACGGACAGUUGCCAGCCUCACUCGCAGCAUCGAAACUAUGACCACCAUGGUGACCACGCAGGCCGAUACUACAGUCAUUCGUACAGCCGGGAUCGUCAUGCCUACAGACACUGAUUCCCACGAUGCUACCUGGAUGUUGUGCAACUAACAGUUGAAAUGUUUUGUAGUGGCCACAAAUGACAUUGGAUGUUCAGGUUUUAGUAAUGUAGAAGUUGGUAAUUCAGAUUCUUUGACACUGCAAUUAUACUCUUUUCUGUGCUGCGUUCUUGACUUGUUGUAUAAAGAAUUGUGAAAAUGACAUGUAUGAUAAUAUUUAUCAUGUGUCAAGGUAUUUAUUGCAAAAUGUUUGGUACCACUAUUUUGAAAAUUGAAAUAUUGGCAUUACUAGCAUGAUUGAGCAUAUUUGUAUUUUGAUCAUGUGUUGGUGUAUGUAUGUUUGCUAUGCUGGGUAAGAUAUAAAGGUAUGUAUGUCUAGCAGUUUCAACCAAAUAUCUCCACUAUACAUUGAAUGGACAAAGAUUUUGAUGAAAUUGUUACCUGGUUAGGAAAGAAGGGAUUGUAUGGCUGUGAACAUUUCUAAUGAGGCAAUCCUUUUUUGUCACAAAUCUAACAAUGCACAGAUUUGACUUUUUUUAUUUGUUACUUGCUGAAAUAAUGUGCAUUUUAGAUACUUUCAUGUUCUGUGUUUUGUUUGAGAAUAUGUUUUACCCUUUGCUUUCAGAUUUUUUUAUUUGUUAUAUGUUUUUACUUAAAAUUAAGUUCAAACCCAGUGUAGCAAAUGUAUGUAAAUGAAGGUAAAUGAGAAUAUGUAACCCUUCCCUUGCCUCCCCUUAAACCAUGUGUACAAUUUUUUGUUUCUUUUCAUGUGUGUAUUUGUCAACAAUGUUGCGUUCCACAUUUGUCUUGACGCUGAAGAUUUGUAUAGACUGAACAUGUGCUGGUUGUUGUUACAUGAAGCUGUUUGCUAUAGUAUUCUACAUGAUGACGACAGAGUCAAGUUAUAGUGACACCUAAGGGUUGCGAUAUGGUACAGAACAGCCACAAGAGCCUUUCACUCAUACAUGUCUUGAUACACCAAAAUUGGACUGUGGUACAGCCUCAGCAAACUGUUAUGUCUGUUGGAAUGGCCUCAUUUGGAGGACACCUUCUGGGCCCACUUGCACGAAGCACUCUAAGCGCUAAGAUUAUCAUAACACCCAUACUUUAACAUAGGCUUACAAUAGUCGUAGCACUAACAUCCCUUUGUACAAGUGGGUUUUUGUCAUCGUCCAUCAGUCCUUGUAUACUAAUUUCUACUUAAAGUCUUCUGGGGUGACAUAAUGAUCAGAAUCAUAUUGUCCUACACUAUGGCAAGCUUGUUUUGGUUUUGAGUAAUUGUGCAUGGUGCCUCCUCAACAAAUUGUUUUUUACCCGACACAUAUAACCAUACGAACUGGAAGCUUUGCACGGCGAUGUGGAAAGCCAGUUAGUUCCUCCUUGCGUUUGACCUAAGAUACCAACAAACAAUGUUUUGUUGUGGCCUUAGAAGAAGUAUUGUCAGGUUGUGUAUAUGAAAUGUCAGGGUAUUGUUCAUACAACAGUACAGCUGUAAAUAUACACCUGGGCCAGAGUGAUGAAUAUCCCCUACUUUCAUGUCACAACCUAUCAUAUCUUUGGAAAUAUCUGCAUUUGGCAUGGAUCACUUUUGAUAUGUCUGACAUACCACCACUAGCUGAGUCAGUAGCAGGAGCACACUGUUUGACCAGAUGAUCACAAGUACAAUCACAGAAACAAUUGCAGGGGUAGUCAAAUAUUGCCAUGGAACAGUUACAAAAAGUGCCAUUAAUUUAUCAGUUUCGGUUUCUGUUUCAAUAUGAGUAUGUGGCAUACACAAUAUCAUUCGUCACCACUCACCCCUUUCCGUAACCUGCAAGAAGACUCGCCCCCUAUCGAUGAAUGUUAUGUGUGAUAAUACGACAAACCAAUCGGAAUGCGUGUAUGAUUUCAAGUUCUUCGUCAAAGAAUCCCUCAGAAAUAAUUUUUGAUUUUUCAUAUGUCUUGCAUCUAAAAAUAUGCCCAAGACACAGUUAAGUGUGUUCAAUCAAACUGUAUAAAUCCGCAUGUCCCGAUGUGCUUUAAAUUGCACCUGAAAUAUAUAUAAUAUAUGGGGAAAUAUAUGUGAACCAUUGCGCAACGAGUUGACAAUUGUUUUUAGUAUGCCCGUUUGCGCUAACACAGAACCCGGUCGCAAAAAUGGCCAUGAGAGGGGCACAAGUCGCUAUUCGACUUGUCCCAGAAUAACACGAGUUGGUCACGAAUGACACAAUAUUAGAGUUCCAUCAGAAAAUGAUUCCAGAUACUAUUUUAAGGAAUAGCUUUUUUAUAUGAAAAUGUCGUAAAAAAUGCUGAACCUUUUCCCAGGUGUUGUUGAUGUAUGAAUGAAUGCUGUGUUACCAUAGCGUUAUACCUUUGUAUCACAAAUACAACUGAUUGCUGUACAGUUGGUGUUAGCAUUCAUCUCUACUUGUCCACUUGUGUGUGAUAUUAGUCAGCAUUUGUACAGUUGGCAGAGCAUCGAUCUCUGUGAAAGUGGAUCCCUGCCUAGCUUGUGAUACUGCUUUGAUUGGGCUUUGUGUCAAUCUGAAAAACAUUUUUACUUGGUUUCAAAAUGUUUUUUGUUAUAUCAUUACAUUAGAUGGUAAACAGAAAGCACCGGGACGCUGUGGUCUAAGGUGCUACAACUGGAUGUACAGAGUUGUCCCCCCUAUUGACCAGGAUCUGCUGGUCAUGUGUCUAAAUACAAAUUAGCCCAUAUUAUGAUUCUUGGACUGUCGGCACCAGAGUGGGUUUUACCAAAAUCCUCAAGAUCAUGGAUAUGCAUGGGCCAUCAAAUGAUUACCAAAAUUAAGCACACAAUUUUUGGGGCCCUUGUCAUAGACCUAAUGUUAAAAAUUAAAUAUUUAGGGUGUCCAAUUUAAUCUUUCAGAUUCAAGUCCUCAAAAUGUCUUAAACAGUCCAGUAGUUAGGGAUACAUGUUAGAUUGCUUGAAGAAGUGCAUUUGUUUUCCUCUGAUCAGGAGAUUUUUACAUUAUAAUCCUCUUUCAGAAUUUUUUUUUUUUUAGUUUUUAAACAUGAGCAAGAUGACAAUAUCGGAGAUCUACUUAAAAACAGGGAGUGCAGUUUUCUGACUGACACAAGCAUUCAGUUUAACAGACACUAAUAAUAGAUUUGUGAAAUUAUGUGUUGACAUUACAUGAGCAGCAGUUGUAUAUACUACUGAAAUUGUGAUAGUGAAAUUGUCACCACAGAUAUAUACAGAGAACAUCAGUUGGCAUGAUGGACAGUGCUUAAUGCAGAUUUGCAUCCCUUAGAUUUGCCUCAUUUUGAUGGUCCCUCUGUCAACACCAUGCCCUGGUUUCAUGCAAGUUGUUGGUGUCGGAGACUUUUGAGGCAAAGCUGAGUUUAACAGUAGCUGUGAUAGUCAGAAACAUAGUACCAAAGAUAUACUACUCAAAAGUAGUUAAAGAACACCCAAUGUUUUCAUAUGACAGAUUAACAAUUGUCAUAUGAAAAACAAAUGGGUGUUCUUUCUCUUUAUUGAGUUGUAUAUAUUCUCAUAACUUGUGUUGUUUGGUUUGAUUCGGUCUCGUGUACAGUUUCUGAUUCCUCCCCUACAUUGGGCAGGUCACUGUGCAGAUAUGAUGACAGAAAGGUUUAGUCUUCACAAAUCUGAUGAUACUUUUACUAAGCUGUUUAUUGGUACUGAUGGUACAAUUGUUAUCUAUUUUUGUGUCACCAAGCGGUUUUUCAAACAGGGUUCACAGAGGUCCAUGUGGUCCAAUAACAAGAUGCAAAAUCUUCUUAAGAGAACAAAGACUUUACAUUGAUUUUUUUCAACCGUGGUAGGCUUCAGCAUGUAAAUACUAGUCAACCGGUAGAUGAGGAUGCUGCUGGUAUGGUUUUGUGUAUGACUUGAACUGGGUUGUUAGGGACAUUAUCGUGCACUAGUAUGAAGUGGUUCAUCUUAAAAUCAUAGACUAAAUGAUAAAUCGUGAAAAAUAUGGCAUUGGAUGUAAAAAAAUAAUGAACUAAUUCCCAUUUUAGAACAGGUUGUUUAUUGCUGAUGGAAAUUUAGGAACACCACAGCUAUGACAUUAUUGCAUUUAAACCUCAUGCCCAAAAUAUGAUUUAUUAAAAACCUAUCUUUAAAAAAAAUUAAGUGUUCUGAAUUUGGACCAGCACAUAUGUUUAAAGGUAUGUCAAUUCGAAAGCUUUAUUAACUAUGUUUAAUGUCCUAUUUGUACUGUAUGCAUGCUUUAAUACCACAGCUUCCUCCACAGUGUAUAAUAAGGAAGUAUUGCUGACUACAUGACUAGUGCAAAGAUGCGUGUGUAUAGUGUAAGUAAUUGACUGUCCUAUCUCGUUAAUAUACUGGUCUAAGUUACUCCUUUCGCCUGCCAAGAUUUGCUGGACAGGGGUUGAAAUUGUUAUCCGUGGUUUGUCAUCACAAUACCUGUGCUUCUUGUGUAGUAAAUGUCUACGUUUGGAGCUUUUCUCCCACAUUAAGCAGAAAUGGUGUGAUAUGAUUGAGACACUGUUCAAAGCAGUUUUGAACCCAACACGCUCACUCACAGUUGGGUGUCAGACACCUGUGGUGCAGUUUCUCUGUGAGAUAGCUGGCAUUCUCACAAAUAUCCCUCCACCAAUGUACACAAAUACUUGACCCUCCAAUUCUCUGCAGAUUCACCAUGAGUAAGACUCCUUGGCCAACACAAUAUUUGUGCUUCUUGUUAACACCAAAGUGAUAAUGUCUGUGAACUGCAUCACUUUGGCCUCUCCACCUUCAAGGUAAUGCUUGAUACAGAAGAGUUAGGACCCAGAUCACCCUUUCAUUCAAGUUUGUCUGCAAACUCCUAACGAACCUGGAGAAACUGCUUCCUCCCCAUACUGGUCGUCCCUGCAUCACUGUGCGCUUUCCCCCCAAAUCAAGCUGACGCACCAUGUAAAUAACUGAAAUACUGUUCAAAGCAGUGAUAAGCCCACACAUGACUGGUUUGCCUGGUCCAGACUUGAUUAUUUACAGACUGACUGACAUGAAAUAGCUCCCUCACUUCAGAUGUUAAGAAGAGUGAUAUUUUGUUUGCAGGUUAGUCUUGAUCUGAUUAGGUAUGAACAUGGUCAAUGUCGCUUCUGUAUCCGCCCAUCUACAUUCUCCACUGUCGUAAUUCUGCCAUGAAGAUUCAUUGCUGUAUUCUGCAUUUUUCUUAUUCUAUCAACUGGAUAAUAUUUAACCCUAUUAGCUCCUAUGGAUCUGUGUUAUCAGUUUUUGUAUAUGAGCAUCUGUUGCACACAAAGAAUGAUGUGGGCAUCAUGAGGUAUGAUCUGUCCCGAGAUCCCCUAGGGACUCUGAAGUCGAAUAUGUGCCCAGUACCAUUUACUGAAAUAGGUAACAGCUACUGACAAUGACUGGAGAGCAGAAUAAGUUAUAUGGGAAAAUGUAAAUCAUGGAAGAACGGUGUUAGCUAGGACCAGACUGAUUAUGUCACCGUGUCCUGUCUCUGGAUUAGAGAGCAAUUCAAAAGAUUGAUGUUGGAUUAAAUAAAAUAAUGCAUUCUAUGGUUUGGAAAUUCCACUGAACGUAACACAACUCAGUAGAAGUUUCAUGAUCUUUUUGGUAUCAAAUUUCAUUCUACCCAAGUGAUGCUGUCUGUUUUCAAAGACGUAUAUGAUGAUUGGAGAUUUACUCUUUAAGUAAAUAGUGUUAAAGGAGUAAAUAUUGAUAGGAAAACUUGCAGACCUGAUGUUUAUCUGACGAGUUGCUCCCUUAUCUGGGCUGGGCUUGAUAUUUUCCUCUGCAGCUGUCAUAUCUCCAUUAAUCAUAACUCCAACUGGUUUUGGUGAAAUAUUGUAUUCAGCAGUUCUGAGAUUUCCUUUCUUGAUAGCUGUCUUGCCUGAGUUGGUCAUGAGUGUUUCCUACGACACGAUUAUAUUUGCUUGAAGUCACAUACCCAUUCUCAUAGUGACUUUAUUAUUGUAAAGUACAUAUUUCUUUCAUAUACAAUAUGUAUUUGCUACCUUAUAAUUGCAGAGUCGUUUGUGGGAAGUUGAUUACAUUGAUUUUUAUACAAAAUGCAACAUAUCAAAUAAAAUUCUGCUCAAGUUGAAUAGGAACUGUUCUUUCUGAAAUCAUUUUGUUAGCUUCAUACUUAAAAUAUUUUACAUAAGACAAUGUAGUGGUUUCAAUAAAAAAUAUCGCCAUUGUCUCCUUACAGUAUUAUUAAAGACUAUUUAUGCCAUUUAAGCUACCUACCAUUUGCAUGAUCGUUGAAUCUAAAUGAGUAAAGCUGUAGGUGGCUAGAAAAAGCUACCAUUUAAAGAGGGGUGAAGGCUAGUUAGAUGCGAUUACCAACCCUUGUCAUAUAUCCCUAGAGGAAUGUUGUAUACGCUCUUAUCCUGCACUACCCAAUUGUGUACCAGUAUCUGGAUUGUCAAGUGUUUUGAGUAUCCUGUAGCAGUUUGGCUGGACAUCCGUCCUGGAGGAAACUGUUGAUUGUACAUUUCUCAGUUUGUGUCAAUGGUGAGUACCAAUCAUGUGAUGUAGAUAUGCAAGGGCAUAUUUCACUCACUGUAUGUAUUAAAUUAAAUAUUCUAAAUCAUGA